AUGGACCAUCUCCCCGUGAAAAUACAGCUCCCCCCGGUUAAAAUGGAGAAGGAGCCUUUUGAGAAGGUUUACCAGGUGGGAUCGGUGCUGGGAAGCGGGGGUUUCGGCACCGUGUACGCCGGGAACCGGAUCUCCGACGGGGCUCCGGUCGCGGUGAAGCACGUUGCAAAGGAGAGGGUGACGGAGUGGGGCUCCAUUAACGGAACCAUGGUGCCUCUGGAGGUCCUCCUGCUGAAAAAAGUGGGCUCCUCCUUCCGGGGGGUCAUCAAGCUCCUGGACUACUACGAGCGCGCGGACGGGUGGCUAAUCGUCAUGGAGAGGCCGGAGCUGGUCAAGGACCUGUUCGACUUCAUCACGGAGAAGGGGGCCCUGGACGAGGACACGGCCCGGGGCUUUUUCCGCCAGGUGCUGGAGGCCGUGCGCCAUUGCUACGGAUGCGGGGUGGUGCACCGGGACAUCAAGGACGAGAACCUGCUGGUGGACAUGCGCACUGGCGAGCUAAAACUCAUCGAUUUCGGGUCCGGGGCCGUCCUAAAGGACACCGUGUACACCGAUUUCGACGGUAAGAACACCCCCCGUAUCCCUACACCAACCCUCCGGUACCGGUCCCCCCCGGUCCGGUGCACCGGGAACGCGCCCGUGACGCAGCGGCGCGCGGCCGUGACGCAGUAG